AUGAUUUUGAGACUCUAUGUAAGAAUAUUAAUAAUUUUGGAAUACGUUUACUGUCCCUUUAAAUUCAUGAAUCUUCAAGUAGCUCGUCUGAUAAAUUCACAAGAGUUUGAACCCACUUGAAAAGUUCAAUAGUCUCCAUAUUUACUCUUCAACUCAUAUACCACUAAAACCAAUAAAAACGGAGAUCAUAGUAUCAACGAUUAAGUUCCGCUCUAAUCAAAUUAACGAAACGUUUUGUUCCUUCCGUUCGGACCUCACGUCAUUCGUUCAGUUGUAGAACCACAUAUUUUCUUGCAGGACUUCCAAAAUUGCGAUCCCAUUGUGUUUUGUGCAUUCCGAGCUGCUCGCCUCGCGUCGACCAUGAAAUGGCUGGAGAAGUUGCGUCGGAAAACGGUGUCGGCGUUCGGAGAUGAAAGCAACGUAGCGGACAAAGUGACUCCGAAAAUGCGUCGAUCCCUGUGUCUUAUGGUGAGUUACUGUACUGAAACAUCUACAUCUCCCUUUGUUUGUGAACUUCAAGCGAAUAUUGUAGAGUCUAGAGACGUUCUACAGAUUUUUAGAAAUUUUUCUGUAAAAUCCUCAUACAUAGACUAUAUGUAAGUAACAUAGUACUUUAUUUUUGCAAUUGACAACUUUUUUCUAGAACGACUCCCCGAAGUACUGCAGCUGUGCGAAAUGGCAAGAGCUCUCGGCAAGCCCUAAAUUGGAAGAGCUACAGUACUCUAGGGAGUGACGGUACUGAAAAGUUGUUAAUUACAAAAUUGAAGCUCUUGUCGAGUACUGUAUUUGUUCAGUUGAUUAUUUUUUCUACAACCACUUCUAAGAGUACUGUAGGCCCUGGAAGUUGUCCCAAUUUCCAAAGGCUUCUCAACUCUGCAAUAUUCAUUUGAAGUUGACGCAUUAGAAAAUGACAGUUGAACCCGGAGGAAAAGCUGCUGAAUUGUACCUUUAAGUAGCUACAACUUUGUUGCAGUUCAAAUUCGCAAAGUCAUCAGAUGUCACAUUCAUAAUAACAGCGUUAAUCUGUGCAUUAUUGGGCGGUACAAUCCAGCCGACAGUACUAUUAAUCGGAGGAUGGAUUACUGAUUUAUACUUAACUAAUGGAACUGUAAGUUUUUAAAUACAUUGCAGAUUCAAUUUUUCCCUGUUCAGACAGUGGGCGAUGACGAGUUCUUGCACUCGGUCCUUUCGCUCAUUUACGCGGGCCUCGGCUUUGGCGUCAUUAUUCUCGUGCUCGCGCUAAUUCAGGGAAUCUGCAUUCAACGUGGCACCCGUAGAAUUCUCGAUAAUCUUCGCAAAGAGUUUUUGGGCGCCGUGCUGCGGCAAGACGCGAAUUGGCUCGAUAAGAACUCGUCUGGCAGCAUCACUUGCCAGCUGAAUGAGUGAGUCGCGUGGCCCCCUUAUCAUGGAACUUCACAAAUAGACUCUCAAGUCACAGGAAAAACACGAACAGCGAAGAAUCACUGAAGGAAGUUCGCUUCCCGCUCUUUCCGUUCACGUCGCUCAUUGUUUCCCGUUUUAUUCGAGUCUUAGCCUUUUUUCACUUGAACCAAGGGUAAAAGAGUACGUCGAUGUGAUGGUUCAAAUUAAAAUUAUCGGAAAAUUGAGAACAAAUCCAAGUAGUCAAAGGACAUGAAUGAUAUCGCAGUGUUUUGUCUUUGCAGUCAGAAUAAUUCACCCAGUUGAGUAAUAUGCAUUUUCGCUCCAAGUUCAAGUAAUCGGACAGUGAUUCCUCAGUUCUUUGCGUCCCCUUCAGUGACUGUUCACUGGCAGAUUACUGGUUUUUGGCUAAUCAGCGUCUGCUCGGUGAUCGCUCGAUAAUUCCCGAGUGUUGCCGUUUUUCCUGUGGUAUACAAGUCAUCCUUUUUGCCCAGGGCACGCGAAAGUGCGCAAGUUCGAAUUCCAGCCUGUACAGAAAUCUUUUGCAAUCGUAAUCUAUUGUUUUCAGGAACGUAGAAGUAAUCUCGGACGGUCUGGGCAACAAGUGCUGUAUGUUGGUGCGCGGAUUCGCCAUGUUCACCUCGUCGAUCAUCGCUUGCGCAUUCAUAAACUGGCAACUCACCUUCAUCACUUUCACAAUGGGCCCAGUCUCCGCUUUCGUUCUUCAUCUACUCACAAAAGUACGCAUCCGGAUCGGAGCUUUCCGGUCGAAAAUUUACAUUCCAGGUGAACGAAACGACGAACGAGGAGCUCAUGUCCCUGUCGGCCCAAUCGCAUUCGAUUAUCGAAGAGUCGGUGCUGAAUGUGCGAACGGUGCAGGCGUGCAACGGACAGCAAUUCAUGAUAAACGUGAGUUUUAGGCCUAAACUAUUAUCAAUUGUCCAAGUAAAUGUUCAGAAGUUCAAAAGAGUGAACGAGUCGAUCAAGAAAUACUACAACAAGAGCACAUUCUGGGCCGGCUUCUUCGAUGGACUCGCUCUUUUCGUCAUCUAUUUUAUCACCGGAAUUUCGCUUUUGUAAGUUUAGGUAAUCAGGUCACGCCACGGAAAACCAUGUCGGGUAGGUGUCACCCGUGGUUCCGUUGCCUCUUUAAAUAAUUUCUCUCCAAAUUUGUGUCCUUGGACCCGGAAGAUACACAAUAACGGAAGUAACCACAAACGCGCCAACAACAGGCGACUGACGCAUUUGUAGUGCAAAAGGGCGCCAAACGAAUUUGUCAUUGUUUUUUAGGCGGUCUGUAGGUCACGUUUUUUUAGGCGGUCUGUAGGCCACCUUUUUGGCGGUCUGUAGGUCACGUUUUUGGCGGUCUGUAGGUCACGUUAUCAUCUUUAAUUUUUGAAGCUUCGGGUGUCGCCUAUACUUUGAUGGAGAAAUCAAAAAAGCCGGCGAUGUGAUCCUAGUGGUCAACACAGUCUGUGUCACCGGUUACUUCCUCGGCCUUUUGGGUCCUCACAUGUCAUCCCUUCAACGGGCCGCCACGUCAUUCCAACUCUUGCACGACGUCAUCAAAUCGGCGCCAAAGUCCGAGGGAAAAGAGGGAGAGACGAAAGUGACAGCGACCUCCGGACACAUUGAAUUCAGGAAUGUUCGAUUCAAGUACUCGUCGAGGGAUAAAGACGUGCUACAGGUUUUUGUACAAAAUUGAUAAUAACCUUAGUAUAUUUUUAGGGGCUUUCAUUUGAAGUGCUGCCCGGUCAAACUGUCGCUCUUGUCGGCACUUCUGGAUGCGGCAAAAGCACUUCCAUCGGAUUGCUCACAAAACUUUACCGAGCGACAGAGGGAGAAAUUCUGAUAGACGGCCAGAACAUCGAUAUGCUCGACGCCCGGACUCUCCGCCAACAAAUCGGAAUCGUGCAGCAGGAGCCGAAACUUUUCGACGGCACGAUAGUGGAUAAUAUCCGGCUGGGAAGGCAAGUGGACGACGAGACGGUCCAAUCGGCGACGGACAUUGCGAACGCAUCGGAUUUCAUUGAAAAGUUAGAUAAGGGCUUCGAAACGAAGUUGGGAGCGGGCGGCGUACAACUUUCCGGAGGCCAGAAACAGAGAAUUUGCAUCAGCAGAGCGCUCGUCACCUCGCCAUCGAUCCUACUUUUGGAUGAGGCCACCAGUGCGCUCGACGCGCACAACGAACAUAUUGUAAAUGUGAGUUUCUAGUUUUUUUUGUUGUGGAAAAACCCAAACUUCUUUUCAGAAAGCCCUAAACAAAGCCUCGGUCGGCCGAACAACAAUCAUAAUCGCGCACCGACUGAGCAGUCUCAAAAACGUAGAUCGUAUAUAUGUACUCGAUCAGGGAAAGACGAAAGAAAUCGGAACACACGAUCAGCUGAUCGAACUCGGAGGGAUAUAUGCGAAAUUGGCAAAGAGCCAGGAAAUAGAGCAGAGUUCGAAGAAGGAUUGGGAGCGGGAAGAGUUGCGGCGCGCGGAGAAGAUGAAGAAAAAGAGCAGGAAUGUGGAGAACUACGAGCCGAAUUCCACGAUUCUGCAAGAGCACGAGCACAAUUUGGUGGGAUCGGUUAUCGCCGAAAAUCAUGAGAGCAUCUCGUUCACGGGCAUCGCGAAACUCAUGCACUAUCUGCCGAAACAUCCGAAAAUGCUCACACUCAUCAUUGUGCUCUCGAUUCCACGUGCCAUCGAGUUGUGCUCCUACGGACUCGGAAUGUCGUUCGCCUUCAAUACUCUCCAGAGAAGCAAGGACGACUACAUGACGUGGAAUUGGAUCACACUCGGCGAACAGACACUCGCCGGCCUCACCUUCUGGGUACUUCAGGCUCUCCUGGUACAAUUUUUUUUCCUUUUUACUUUACUGGAUAUUUGGAUUAUGGUUUAAUUGUAGAUGUACCUGUGUGGUUGGAUCGCGAACGACGUGAUGAACGAGGUGAAAGAGUCGAUGCUGAAGGAGGUCCUUCACAAACCGAUACCGUAUUUUGAUAACCCGGAGACUUCGCCGUCCGCUUGUGUCUCCAGGAUCGUAUCCCACGCACAUAAUUGCUAUGCUGUAAGUCAACUAGGUCAACAAUCACCAAUGAUUUACAAGUACCCAGUGCCUCGACCACCGUGCGAUCCGGUUCGUUUGGUUUGUCGCCGGCACCAUCUUCUCGCUGCUCCUCGCGUUCCCGUUCGUCUGGGAGCUCGGCAUGCUCGGUCUCGGCAUCACCAUCCUCCUCACCCUCUUCUCGAUGCAUUUCGUCAGCGUCGCCCACAAAGCGCACAGCGACAAGUCGGCACAGGACCGGAGCGGCGAGUUUGCCGUGGAGGUUGUCGAACAGAUCCGGGCGAUCAAGUUGUUGGCCGUCGAGGGAUACUUUGAGAAGCGCUUCGCCGAGUACCUGAGCACGGCGGAAGUGUAUGAGAAUAAAGUAGGUUCUAGGUCUUAUGAUUACAUUGAAUACUUUGUAUUUUUAGAUCGGCUUCCUCUCCUCGCUGAACUUCGCCGUCACCCAAUCCUACGUGUUCGCCUGCGACAUGCUCCUCUUCUACGUCGGCACCCUUCUAAUCUACCACGGACGCUACACCCCCGACAAGAUCUUCCUCGCGUUCAACGGCGCGCAAAUGUCCGCCUGGGGCGUCAUGUACUUCUCGCCGUGGUUCCCGGAGAUCAUCCGCGGAUCCGCCUCCGCCAACCAGAUAUUCUCAUUCUUCGACAACAAGUGCCACGUGUCGGGCGACGCGAAGCCGGACAUCAACGGAAGUGUGCACGUGGAAGACGUCAAGUUCGCCUACCCGUCUACGCCGCAUCGCAAUGUCUGCGAGGGACUGUCCAUCGAGGCGCCCAAAGGCAAUUCGAUCGCGUUGGUUGGAGCGUCCGGGUGCGGAAAGAGCACGAUCAUCGCUAUGCUCGAGAGGUUCUACGAGACAAAAUCCGGAAAAAUUGUUAGAAAAUUGUAAUUUUAUUUAAUAUAGUAUAUUAAUCUUUCAGGAAAUCGACGGGAAGAGCAUCGAGGAUAUCGAAGUGAACCACCUACGUCAGAACAUUUCGGUAGUGGGCCAGGAGCCCAUACUCUUCAAUGCGACAAUCCAAGAAAACAUAACAAUUGGCAUGGAAAACGUGCCGCUGUCCGAAGUGCAAAAUGCGUGUAAAGUUGCGAACGCAGCAAGUUUCAUCGAAAAUUUCCCAAUGGGAUACGAAACGAUAGUCGGAGAGGGCGGAGGAUCGCUUUCCGGAGGCCAGAAACAGAGGAUCGCAAUCGCGAGGGCCAUCAUUCGAAAACCGAAAAUUUUACUUUUGGACGAAGCGACGAGCGCCUUAGACGCGCAAUCUGAAGAGAUUGUACAGAAGGCGUUGAGAUCGGCGACCGAGGGACGAACGAGUAUUAUAGUGGCUCACCGGCUGAGCACCGUUCAACACUGUAAUAUGUAAGUGAACAUUUAAACUUGUUUACUUUGAACUUUUUAUGUCACUUCAGGAUCUACUACAUAUCCCGUGGCGCGGUGGCCGAGUGUGGAACGCACGCUCAAUUGGUCGAUCUCAACAAGAAAUAUGCUAGACUGGUGGCCGCGCAGAGCUUGAAUUAAACUGUUUUAUUCUAGAAUUUGAUAGAAUAUAAGAGAAAGCUCACUUUCUUUCGGGGCUGUUAAUAUUGUUUUGAUGAUGUGAAUUUGUAAUAUAGUUUUUUUUUUGUUUUUUGUCUAUAUUGUUGUUUGACACUAACUGCGCCAAAACGUCUCAAAUUAAAGUGAGGCUCAAUCAGAUAUUUUCGAUUCGCAACAUUUUCACGUCUCCAUUUCAAUUCACAAAAGGUCACCUCAACUUACAGUAAGAUUGGCGUGACCCUUUUCUCGAUAUGCGUUUUCAAAAAGAGACUAUUUCUCGAAGACAAUUCGACAAUAGCGGUUGCUCAGUGAGCUCUAAUUGGUGAGGCACCAACGGCGACGUUCGCAAUCGAGUUUGCAGAGAAACAAGAGAAGAGGAAUCUGAAAAUGGCUGACGACAACGUCUCGUUCACGGACGCCGGCGACCAAACGGGCGCGCAGAACAAGGGCGGCAACUCGUCGGCGAUGCUCGAUUUGCUCGGAUCGCUCAACAAGAAGGACGAUAAACCGGGGAAGAAGGGCAAGAAGGAGAAGAAGUCGGGCAAAAAGGAGAAGAAGGGAAAAACCAAGAAGGUGCGAAAGGCGGACAAGUACGAGUCGCAGAACUUCCUCUUCCGCAUCGAGGGCACCAUCUUUUGCGCCGGAAUCAGUAAGUCACCCGGGCCAGCUACUAUCAUACACCAUUCCGUUGCAGUUAUCGGAAUCAUCGUGGUCAUCGUGUUCGUCGUCGCCGCCAUCGUAUUCGGAGUGAUGACCAACGGAAAUCUCGUGUCGUACAUGCAACCGUUGUGGGGCUCCACCGACGAAAACACGGACGACAGCGGAACCGCCUAG